AUGAUCAAGCUUAAUAGUUUAGAAUAACUCUAAUAGUAAAGUAAGAGUACAACUUAAAAGCUUGAACUUAACAUAAGGAAACUUUCAACAGAUAGUAAUACUAUUAAACUUAUUGGUGAAUAAAUUUCCAAAUUUGAUAAUUUAUAAAUUCUAGCAUUAAACUUAAAUGACAACCAAGUUAGUGAAGAAAGUGCUAUAAUUUUAGGAGAGUGUAUUGCAAAAUGUUCUUCUAUCUCUACUUUAGAUCUAUUUUUAGAAUGGAAUCAUUUACGAGACAAUGGAAUUAAAUUGAUGUUAUAGUACAUUGGAAAAAAUCCUAAUUUUAAACAAAUCAGUAUUGACCUUUAUCGAAAUGGACUUCCCCCAGAAUUCGGUUAAAUAUUAGGUGAAGCAAUAUCUUAAUGUAUUUACAUAGAGAAUUUAUCAUUACAUUUAGCCUUUAACUGUCUCACUGUACAAGGAGUAAAAACAAUAGCAUUUUAUAUUUCUUAGUGUCUAAACUUAAAGUAAUUGAGACUAUGUUUAUAUAAUAAUCAAAUACAAUAAACUGAGAUACCUUAAGUUAUGUAAUACAUCAAAAGGCUAGUUAAUCUCAAUUACCUCUAUUUGGAUUUAGGGAAAAAUAAAAUAGGAGACAAAGGAGCCUUACUCUUAGGAUUUGAAAUCUCUUCUUCAUAAAUACUUUCAUAAUUAACUAUCCGUCUUUAUGAAAACGAAAUCAGUGAGGAAGGAAUUAAAGUUCUAGCAUAAUAAAUCUCUUUAUGCCAAAACUUGAGUUUAUUAUGUUUAAAUUUAUAUUUAAAUUAAAUAAAAACCAAUGGAGCUUCACAUUUAGGUCAAUAAUUAUAAAAAUGCACAAACCUAAAAUCGUUAUCUCUCUCUUUAGGUCACAAUCAAAUUAAGGAAAAAGGAGUUUCUGAUAUAGGAAAUGGCAUAUCUAAUCUGAGAAAUCUGCAUUAGUUGGAGUUAUCUUUUUCAGUAAAUGAAGCUUAAAAUGAAGGUGCAUAAAAUAUUGUUAAAUCAGUAUCUUGCUGCAGCGAACUUACUUAACUAUCUCUUUAUUUAUUCUAAAACAUGAUAAACUCAAAAGGAAUAAUGAGCACUUCUGCCUUCAUUUUAAAACUUACAAAUCUUUAAUAAUUAAAUGUAGAUUUAGGAUGCAAUAACAUUAAUCUAUCUGAUUUACUGAUUAUGAAUUAAUCUUUAUUUAAAUUUGCUCAUUUGAACACUUUCAACUUGUAAAUCAUGAUGUGCAAUAUUGAUCUAAAGUAAGCAUAGGUAUUAAAACGGUAACUAAGAAAAGUUUAAAAGCUAGUCUAAUUUAGUAUUAUGAUAUGA